AUGAACAGUAAUUCACAAGGUUCACACAGUCACGUUUUCCAAAGACCUUGUAUAAUAAAAUUGCCCAAAGAUAAAGUCGUUCAAGGUUGUAAAAGGAAAGCGCGGUCGGGUUUGAAAGUCAGUCACUUUUUUCAAUAUAAUAAACACGACAUUAUGAAAAAGAAAAGAUCUGUUGCUACUGAAUUAGUUCAACGUGCUUCAUCUAUAUUACCAGCAUUUACUGAUAUAUUUGAUGAAGAAACAUUUUAUAUAUUUUUUAUUUGUCUUGUUAUUUUCUCAUUUAUUAUAGCAUUUAGUAUAGCGAAAUAUUUUGAUGUAACAAUUAAUGAUGCAGAUCAUUUAAAAUUAACUAAACGACAAAAAUUCAAACGACAUAAUUCAAUGAAUCAACAAAAAUGAAAAAGAAAAAAACAACAAAGAAGCUUAUUGAUUUGUUUUCUUUAAACUUUAUUAUUAUUAUUGUUGUUGUUGUUUUUUUCUUUUUGUUUAUUGUUUAUUUUAUCAUGAUUACUUUAGAAAGAAAAAAAACGAACAAAUAUCUCCCAACACCAACCCCAACCCUACUCCACCCCCCUCCGUAACUAAUAGAUCAUGAUAGUUCAAGUCAAUGAUGUACUUUUCUUUCAUCAAAAUAUACAAGGUAUUAUGUUUGUUUGUUUGUUUGUUUGUUUGUUUGUUACCAUGAAUUGUAUUGUAUAUUUAUUCUAGUCAAUUGAAAAAGUCUUUUUUUAUUGUUGAAUGAUAUUCCUUUCAUAUUUGUGCAAUAUCUCCAUGUAUUAUGUCUAUUCAAUGUGAUGAAUUCAUUUCUUUUAUUGUUAUGGGCAAUGAAUUUAUAUUUUGCUUCAAGUUUACGGUGAUCUUAUAUUAGUAUUAGAUUGAUCUGAUCAUGUUGUUAUGCAAGAAUUGAACAUUCGUUCAUUUACAUAAAUAAGAAAUGAGUAUGAUUGUUUUGUUUUGUUUUAAUAUGAAAAGAAAUACAUAUAUGAUCCUUAUGCUCUAAUUACCAAUCACGUA